UACCAACCCACCAGACCUUGAGCUCCAUAACUCUAUUGUAAAAUCACUAAACUCUCAAUUCCCAAACUAAUAGCUUUUAUAUACAAAACCAUGGCUUCUUUUGCUUCCUCUUAUCUACUUCUACAACUAGUCCUGCUCAUCUCUUUGUUCUAUUUUGCCUCAGCAGCUAGGAGCCUUGCUGAGACCUCAGACCAAACCCAGCAGCCUAUACUAUUCCAAUACCACAAUGGCCCUCUUCUCAGUGGCAAAAUCUCCAUCAAUUUGAUCUGGUAUGGAAAAUUCAAGCCUUCGCAGCGCGCAAUUGUUUCCGAUUUCAUCACCUCCCUUUCCACUUCUUCUCCAUCUACAAACCAACCAUCAGUUGCUACAUGGUGGAAAUCCAUAGAGAAAUACUACCACCUCUCCAAUGCCAAGAAAACCUCAUCUCUUUCCCUCUCAUUGGGUACCCAAAUCCUCGACGAGAGCUACUCUAUGGGCAAGUCCCUAUCUGUUGGCAAACACAUCAAACAGUUGGCAGCCAAGGGUGGCCAGAGUAAUGCCAUCAAUGUUGUCUUGACCUCAUCAGAUGUUCUAAUUGAUGGGUUCUGCUCCAGCAAAUGUGGUACACACGGGUCUUCAAAGAGCUCUUUCAUCAGAGGCAAGAGCUCCAAGUUUGCUUACAUCUGGGUCGGAAACUCCGAGACCCAAUGUCCCGGUCAAUGUGCUUGGCCAUUCCAUCAGCCAAUUUACGGACCACAAUCUCCACCUUUGGUUGCACCCAACAAUGAUGUGGGUUUGGACGGUAUGAUCAUCAAUCUAGCUAGUCUUUUGGCGGGGACUGUGACCAACCCUUUUGGAAAUGGGUUCUACCAAGGUCCCAAAGAGGCUCCAUUAGAGGCUGCUUCGGCUUGUCCUGGUGUCUAUGGGAAAGGAGCUUAUCCUGGUUACGCCGGAGACCUCUUGGUUGAUGCUACAACUGGUGCCAGCUACAACGCCAAUGGUUUGAAUGGGAAGAAGUACUUGCUUCCUGCUCUGUUUGACCCUAAAACCUCAACUUGUUCUACUCUUGUUUGAGUGUAAUUAGGAGUUGAGACCACGUUAGAGUAUAUAUUAUGUAGAUUAAUAUAUUAAUUAAUUCUACAGUUCCCAUUCUUUAUUGUUUUAAAUGAAAAUAAUAAAAAUUCAAAUUUCAAUAAUG